AUGCUCAUCAGCGACCUCACUGUACGCGAGGCGUUCUCGUACGGGACUUUGUGGCAGCGUCUCGAGCACAUUUUUCACUCGCCAAACGAGAUCGAACAGUUCAAGCGCCUCAGGAGCUUUGUCAAGCGCAGGUCACAUACGGCCUCGUUCUGGACUGCUCUACUCCGGCUUGUGCUCCCUAAGCUCGAUUCCUUCCGGUCUAGUAUCGACACCGCACACGCACGCCUUUUCAUCGCCUGCCUCGAGGAGGAUGAUCCCGACGUAAUGAGCCUUGUCAAUGUCUUGCGCUUAAUUGACGUCUGCACUCUCGGCGCAAGCAAGGACGAGCAGUUAGCGGAGCUGCAUCGACUCGCAUCACAGGCGUCGCCGGGCUUACUCAUCUGCGCAGUCAUGAUCCCAGGCCGGACACCGCCGUCCAUCUUGAAGCAAUUCCACCCUGGCGCUGCAAAUCAAUACCUUGUCUGCGCUGACCUGCGCGUCAUCGACAAGAUGAUCCACGAGCGUCUCGCGAACGGAGUUUUCCCGUCCAAGACAUUCCCCGUCAGCGUUGGAGAUUGUGUCUGCCUCGCUCAGCCUCGAUGGGUGGCUUCGACCGCUUCCGCCGUCCGCAUCAUGGAUGGGUACGCCAACGACUGCCUCAAGUUUGGGUUUGCAGACCACAAGGAGCAGGACUGGUUCCUGCUGCAUGUGCGCGGCGACUCUGCCUUUUUCUUCGUUCGCGAGUCUCUACGGUACGACAUCCCAACACCGAUACCAUGUCCAAGCACAAUUCGCAGCUGUGUGUCGCCCGCUGUCGAGGAGAUCAUUCUCGACGGCGUGAUCAAGCUGGGAGAUGCUACUUCCCAGACGUCUAUCCCGGCUGCCUUUACCUUCACGACAUUUGACAUCCUCUCCCUCAAAACACACGGCUGCGCCGCUGUAUCCCUUGUCGACUACUCGCUCGCGGCACGAAAGCGGGUUCUCUCGGACUGGCGUGUCAUCUCUCCGCGCGAAGGCGACCUUGAGAUCCACGGCUACAACAUCAAGCAGUCACUAUCAUUGGUGCAGGCCUUGCUGCAGAGGGAACUCGACAAGGGCGGCGUCGGUAUCAUCCUCAAGUCUGGUCGAGUGAAAUACCUUCUUGGCAACCAACAGCAGGCGGUCUGGCUCAGGCUAGACGGCCGUUCCUUGUAA